UUUUCAUCUUUUUUUUUUUCUUUUCAGAGAUUCUUUCUUUUCUCUCUCUUUCUCUCAGGCUCAGCUCUAAAAACUUGUCUUCAAUAUUCUGUUUUUCUUAUCAGUCUUUGGUUUUCUAGAUCAGAUGGAGGAAAGCAAGAAAAACCCUUCUCAACUUAACAGAUUCCAGGAUGAUGGAAUGCACGAUCUUGACAUAGUUGAAUGGAAAAAGAAAAGAAAAUUACAGAGUGAUCAGUUGGAUUUGAUUAGACCUAAACAUAAAUGCUGGGUUGGAAGUUUCUCCUCUGAACAUGCUUCAGUGUUUGAUAAAAAUCCAGUUUUAGAGAGCAUGCACAACCACACAGUUGAAAGCUCCAAACAUGAAUCUGCCAAAGACAGCAAUAGUUUUAUGGAAGACUGUGAUACUGCCAUGUCUGUAAAUGAAGAAGCCAAACACGAGACAGAUUGUGGAAGUUCAUACUUAUAUGUAAAUAGGGUAAGCUAUAUCGAUGAGGAAGCAUUUGUUGAUAGCCAAUGCAUUCCACCUUAUGAUGAUGCCGAUGCACAAGCUUUGAUCAAUCAUGAGGAACACUUUCUGGGGUUAGGAAGCUUUUCAGGUCAUGAAUGCUCAGAAGAUGCUGAAGACAGCAAUGAGGACCCUGUAGAGAAGGAAUUCGAAGAUUUUCUUUAUUCCAGUGGGGUGAAUCCUAAUGUGUAUGUCCUUUCAUCUGGAAGAUGGGAUGUAAAUCAAGAAGCUCAAUCAAGCUCAAGACCACCAACAAUUGAUCAAGAGUUUGAGGAGUACUUUUCUAUGCUUAUGCUCUAGGACAGUUUACCGAUAAAGGAGCAUGCAUAGUUGUAUAUAUAAUGCUGAAAACGGCUGUUGUAUGUAUUGUACGAAGAUUUAGUAGUAUUCUGAUGAUGACUUUAUAACAUCUUCAGUAGGUGUAAUAUGAUAUUUCUUCUUAUGGCCUUUGUUCUCUUUAUCUCUUACCCUUCAAUUCCUAAUGCAUUACAUUCUUCAGUGAUGCUGCAGUUCUCAAAUUAUCUUCUAUAUUGCACCUUUGUAUUUUUCAUUUUGACUUCAUAUUGUUCCCCAAUAUUCUUUAGUGACUUCAUAUGGGGAAAUUUGUGAACUGAAAGAUUAAUCAAUCUGUGUUUUUUAUAGCUGAAA